AGUGGAUCGAGGCGGAAGCGGACGGCUUUCCCAGCCGCGCUUCGCCUCAGCAGGGACCGGCGGAGGUUUGCGCUCGCGUGCAUGACAGCGAGCUGGUGGAAAAUGCUGCGCUUAGCUGCCGGGCUCUUGGCGGCCGCCCUCGCUACGGUGCUGGUGGGCUGGUACAGCCCUUCGGGGCCCGAGCAGUUGCUGAGCCAGCCUCGCUCCUUCUCCUCUGAGCCGGCGCCCGGAGCGGAGGCCAACAACCUCUUCUGGAUAAUUCAGGUAUCAGAUCUACACAUCAGUAAGUUUCAGAGUCCCAAACGAGCUUCUGAUUUUGAAAAGUUCUGUGCGGAAACGGUUCCUGUCAUUCAACCUGUCCUUACUUUAGCAACAGGUGAUUUGACUGAUGCCAAAACAGAAGAUAAACUUGGGUCUGAUCAGUUUGAGGUGGAAUGGCAAACUUACCAGACAAUCUUAAAAAGAUCUAAAGUCAUGGAAAAAACCAAAUGGAUAGACAUAAAAGGGAAUCAUGAUACAUUCAACAUUCCAAGUCUGGAGAAUGUCCGGAACUACUACAGGAAAUAUUCUGCUUGGAAAAAGGACGGUUCCUUCCAUUACAUCCACAGCACACCUUUUGGCAAAUAUUCUUUCAUCUGUGUGGAUGCGACUCUCAGUCCAGGCCCCAAGAGACCCUACAAUUUCUUUGGGAUAUUGAAAGCGAAUAAAAUGCAAGAACUGUCUUCACUGGCUGCAGAAAGUCGCGACAGUAACCAUUCCAUUUGGUUUGGCCAUUAUCCCACCUCAGCAAUCAUCUCUACAUCUCCAGGAAUACGAACAGCAAUGCGCUCUGCCACAGCAUAUUUGUGUGGGCAUUUCCAUACGCUGGGUGGUCUGAUGCCAGCUCUACAUACUCGCCAUCGUCACGGAACUCUAGAGCUGGAACUGGGAGACUGGAAAGAUAACAGGAAGUACAGGAUCCUUGCUUUUGAUCACGAUCUCUUCAGCUUUGCUGACCUGAAGUUUGAAGAAUGGCCUGUGGUUCUCAUCACCAAUCCCAAAUCAUUCCUUUAUAGUAGUGCUGCUCAUGAACCAUUGCAGAGAAUCCUUCACUCUACCCACAUCCGAAUUUUGGCAUUCUCUCCUUCUCCUAUCAAGUUUGUCAAGGUCAUUGUUGAUGGCAUUCAUCUGGGGAAUGCUGUUCAUGUGUCUGGACCUCUCUAUGUACUGAAAUGGGCCCCUCAAAACUACAGUAAAGGGUUUCAUCAGAUAGAAGUGACAGUUCAGGAUGCCAGUUAUAGGAACGCCACUCGUCUUCAUACGUUUGCUAUGGAGGAAAACCUCUCCCUCACAUUUAACCUGCUGGCAUCUUGGGUGCUUCUUACUGACCUCUAUGUAUUGGUUCGAGUAGUGUUUGUACUAAUGGUUGUAGUUCAAAUUGCCUUGUUGGUUAUUUUCCGGUAUCGAAGAAAGCCUACACUUAAAAGUCCUUUGAGCAGAGCAAUGCGGGCUUCUUUUUCUCUUCACAUCUUGAGCAAAAUCAACUUUUUCUAUCACUCAUUUCUGCUGUUGAGCUUCUAUACUCUUCUGGGGCCCUGGUUUAUUGGUGAUAUUAUAGAUGGACAUCUGGGUGUCUGCUUUUCCUUUGGAGUAAUUGUUGAUGGCCAUUUCUUUGAAGGCAGUACAACCUUCCUUGUUGGAAUUAUGCAGGUGGCAUUCUUUAACCUACCAUUGAUGGCAUAUACAUGUUGGUGUUUAUUCCUGCGUUGCCAAGGAUAUGGCUUUGGCUACUAUCUGCAUCAUGCCAAACAGUGGUUCGCUGUGCCGAUCCACCUCAGCAUGGCACUCCUGUUUUUGUGGCAGGUCUAUUCCUGCUAUUUCCUGUUGAAGACAUAUGGAACUGUGGCUUUCUUCUUAUCUCCACUGAGAAUGUGGACUGUGGGCCUAACCCUCUUUCUGGUCUACAGAACCUGGACACUGCAGUCUUCUGUGCUGAGAAGCUUUAGUGUUGAAAUGAAGAAUGCACAAAGUUCUUAAUAGGCAACUGAAGUACCAUUUCACUUGAAUUGUUAAGUGGUGAAGCUGUGAACUGCAGGUCUGUGUAGAUGCUAUCUCUGCAGCCUGAACAACUGAAUGUGGAGGCUUGGAGCUGCCUCUAAUUUAUUUCCGAACUGCGGCAUAAUAGGGUGUUCAGUUACACAAAGCUGUAAAGGGAUCCGUAAUGUUUCCCAGGAGCUGCUUCCUUAUUACAUUUGUAAUUUUGUUUUGAAUUGCUGUCACCUUCAUGUUGAAUGAAGUUCUCAAAUGGAAUAUUGUAAUGGAAUACAAUUGCUUCUACUUUUCGUUUAUAUCUGGCGCAUGAUACCUGUGUUUAUAUAAGGUGCUCUGGAAGCACACGCUGUUAUGGAUUUGGCCAUAACAGAACAAUCAUACUACUUAUAUACCCAUAUAUUGUAUUGUACCACAGUUUAAAGCACUUUUUUGUUUUUGUUUUCUUCACCUUCUGCACUUUUACUUCCCCACUGAAAAGUUUCAAUUUUGUUUUUGUUUUUGUUUUAAAGAAAAUGUGAGCUAGAGGCUAGAAGCAAAGCUUCAGGCUGGGAAGCCAGAUAGUCAGAGGGAUGUUUAAUUUCUGUUUUAAUCCAAGGCUGCUGCUAUGGGGGAAGUAAGGCCCUGUUGGGUUGUUCAUGCUGUGAACCCCUCCAUCAUAGGCUCAGGUUGUAAAUAAACCAUAUAUCAUAAAGACA